CCUCCUCUUCUUCUUCUUCUUCCUCCUCAGUCCAUCGUCAAAUUUACAGAAAAAAAAUACUCAGUCAAACUCUCUCUCUCUCUCUCUCGCUCUCGCUCAAAGGAUUCAAUAAAACGCGUCGUCGUCCCUCCCCUCGCAAACCAUUCAACCCCGUAAGAAGCUUCACGCACAGGGACCUUCACCCAAAAGUCUUCCAUGGAUGCUUCCUCCUCAUCUUCUCCUCCUCCUCCUCCUCUUACGUCCCAAUGUCAUUCCUCCAAUUAAUUUAAAUACCAACAAGAACGAACAGACAAGUCCGAUCUUUCCACCGUGUUUACUCCGGAUAAAAAAGGGACGAGCAGGCAGUCCCACGUAUAAACGACGCAAACUCUCUACUCCCACCCCGCAUCAGGAGAAAACCCAGAGCGACCAUCGAUCGGCUUCUCAUGGAUUUCUUCACCAAAACGGCGGCUGUCAAGCUCCGGAGCCACCUCGACAAGUACCUCGUCCCCGGCGCCGGCGAGGGCGAGCCCGUCCGGCAGAGCCGCAGCGGCGGGCGCUCGCGGGCCUCGACGUGGGCGGUCGAGCGGGUGGAGGGGAAGAGCCACGUCAUCCGGCUCCGGAGCUGCCAGGGCGGGUACCUGGCCGCCACCGAGGACGCGUUCCUGCUGGGGAUGACGGGGAACAAGGUGGCGGUCGCGUCGCCGACGGGGGGCGAGGAGCUCGACCAGUGGAACACGGAGUGGGAGCCGAUCAGGGACGGGUUCCAGGUGAGGCUGAAGUCGUGGUGCGGGAAGUUCCUGAGGGCCAACGGCGGGACGCCGCCGUGGAGGAACAGCGUGACGCACGACGAGCCGUACACGGGGGGCACGAGGAAGUGGAUACUGUGGGACGUGGAGGCGGUGGAGGCGGAGGCGGCGGCCGAGGGAGGGGCGUUGGAGAAGUAUCUGGCGUCCAUGUCGAGCAUGUCGUCGGUGGCGGAGGACGCGCUGAGCGUCCUCGGGUCGGAGAGCGGAGGAUCGCCCAGGAAGUCCGACGUAUCGAACUUGUCCUCCCACCACGAUCAGUUCUCGUACCACAGCUCCAACAAGCACCGCUCGGGAAUGGACUUCUUCCACAGGGCCAAGGCGGUCCGCCUCCGGAGCCACCACCACAAAUACCUCCUCGCCAACGAGGAUGAGGAGUCCGUCUCGCAAGACCGGAAAGGAUCCUCCAAGAACGCCAAGUGGACCGUCGAGCGUGUGAACUCCAACGACGAUGAAAACGGCUGCAUUUUCAUCAGGCUCAAGGGCUGCUAUGGCCGCUACCUCACCGCGUCCAACAAGCCCUUCUUGCUCGGCAUCUCCGGCUGCAAGGUCCUGCAGACAUUGCCCAGGCGGCUCGACUCGUCGGUCGAGUGGGAGCCGAUCCAAGAGGGGAACCGGAUCAAACUCCGGACGCGGUACGGGAAUUUCCUGAGGGCUAAUAAGGGUUUGCCGCCGUUGAGGGACUCGGUGACGCACGAUAUCCCCCAAAGGACCACGACGCAGGAUUGGAUACUCUGGGAAGUCGACAUAAUGGAGAUCGAGGUUGAUUCUCCGAGCGCUAGCGAUCAGCUGGGGCAAGCGCCGCCUAUUGACCGUGAUGCGGAUUUAUCGAUGGUGUCUGAGAACAGCUUCUCUUCUUCGGUUUCGGAGAUUUCUGGGAACCUUUCCAGGCAAGAGUCGAGCGAAUCAUUAGUGGCUUCGCUGCCUCCGCCACCUGCGUCGCCGCCCCCAACUCGUGUGACAGAAGGCAGGAUCAUAUACUACCACAUAGCGGACGAGAACGGCGAAGUGGUGGGAGAGGACAUGGAAGGCUAUUGCCUCAAUAAUUUCAAGGGGAAUAGCGUGGAGGAACUGAGUCGUAAGCUGUCGGAAGAGACCGGAAUCGACAGCCUUGUCGUGUGUUCUCACAAUCCAUUGAAUGGGAGGCUCUUCCCUCUUCGCUUACGCCUUCCUCCGAACAUUAUCAUGCGCGUUGUCGUAGUCCCCUCGUUCUCAUCAGCGGCAUCAGACCUCGCAAAUCAAGGAAUCCUAUAGCAUGCAUCGAGGUGGGCAUCUCAGUUUUGAUAGGCACAAACUCGGUUAAGCAUUGUAUAUUCUGAUCCCAGCCCUAGGCUCCUGGUUAUCCUCAUGUUGAUAUAGAGCACCUGGGGGUGACCUGCUAUUCAUUCGUUUCAUGCUCCGCCGGUGUUUUUCAAGUUUUCUGGAGCUCGAUUUAGGUAUUUAAUUUAUUUUUGGCUCUGCGAUUGAUCGUCCGCAAGUGGGAGAUGUAUAAUCAUACGGGCUCAUGGUCAUUGCUUCUUCCCCUAUCUCCCUAUUUGUUUGUAUGUGAAUAUGAUAUAGUUCUUCUGUAUAUUCUUCUAUACUAGUCAAGCUCAAGCAGAUUGACUUGUGCAUUUCCUCUUAAUGAAAAUACCCUUAUAAAGCAA